UUUGACAAAUAUAAAAGACAUUAAGUGCACCAUGUGGAAAUAUCGAAUUCGUCAGCAGGAAUUGAUCCAUAAGACAAAUGUGGUUGAAACGCUGGUUGUGAAAAGAAUAAUAGAUGAAAACAGAUGAUUUCAAGAUCAAUAGAACUUGCAUUAUUUAAAAGCAGAAAUGUGAAAAAGAUGUGAAUCGCCAAACACACGACAUUUCAUUUUGAAUUAUGUUAAGGAAUCCUGGAGCCAAUCAAUACAUGGUGAGAUUGGAUUGUUUGCCACAGCAUGGAUCAUAUUUAUGUGGAGAAUUUAACUAUGAGUUGAUUGGUUGUAGUGAAAUAGUCAUCCAUUAGAAAUCACGAAGCACUUUUAUAAAAUCUUUAUGUUAUACUCCAGCACAAACAGUGCAUCAAUAGCAAUGAUAUAUCCUGAAGUGCCAGAAGUUAUGUGUAAUCAAUAAUUUUCUCCGAACUCUGAUUACAUUUAUGGAAUAGACAACUAUAGACUCUUGGUCGCACAACGAUAUGAUUUUUUAUGGUAAUCAUAACUACGGUUUUAUUAAAAAGCAGUUACAUCAAAGAGAUUCCAAACUUUGUCUGGAUUAGAAUGAUUUUUCAUUACAGUUCAAUUUUGUAUUACUUCUUCCAUUGGAAAUCAAGAAUGGUAAUAUUUGUCGGAAAAUAGUUGAUUGGUAUGAGUUCUGAAAAGAGCAAAAAUUACUUUUAUAUUCUUGCUUGAAUAAGAACAUGUUAACUUAAAGAAUAUAAUGUGAUUUCAUAAUGGCUCUGUUACAAGAAAUGGUGUCAACUGUUUUCUGUAUUGCAGCAAUAUUAAUAAAUGUCUGCACUGCAGGAUUUGAAAUUAAAGGAUCGGAAUUUGCAUUUGUUAAGAUAGAGGAAUGGAAGCCCUGCAGAAAUGGUUCAAUACAAAUGGAAUUUAAAACAACUUUUGAAAAUGUUUUACUAUUUUAUACAGAUGAUGGGGGUAUUAACGAUUAUUUUGAAGUCAAACUUUUAAAAGGAAAGCUACAUGUAGUGUUUGAUUUAGGUAGUGGUAAGAUGAGACUGGUCGCUGGUGAACAAUUACAUGACAAUAUUUGGCAUAAAGUACUGAUAAUUCGUAAAGACUCUUACAUAUCUCUACAUGUCGAUGAUUCUACACACCCUAGAAAAUACCAAGGCAAAGAUCAACUCUUUGGUAUUCAGAAUAAAUUUAAUAAUUAUGUUUUUGUUGGAGGCAUAUCUAAAGACUAUGAAGACAGAACACAGGCCUUGACACUGCCUUCGGUUUUCUUUGAGACCAGAUUUAAUGGAUAUAUUAGAAAUAUUCUUUACAGUAAUUGUGGUGGUCCACUUUUCAGACCAAAGAUAUUGGACUCAUUAAACAUGACAAUGGGUACAAAGGAGUGUAUAACAAAUAGUCCUUGUUUACAUGGUAGUGUGUGUAUUGAAGAAGACAAUGGUGUUACAUGUGACUGUUCAUCGACUAACUUCAGGGGAGAUAAAUGUGAAAUAGAAAAAACUCCAACAGAAGUAACUUUGCUUGGAACACAGUACCUCAUGUAUAAUUUUGUGAAAGAUAACAACACUGAUGAUGGUCUACAGAGCAACGAAGAUGAGAUUGAUCUUUAUUUCCGUACUCAGCAACCUGAUGGAUUACUAUUUUUUAUAGGUGAUAAGACAGACCAUAUCAUCAUCACUCUAAGAAAUGGAGGUGUGUUUGUCCGAGUCAACUUAGGAUCUGGCCCAUGGGAAGAACUUUUGCCAGCCAAUGGCUACAGAUUUGAUGAUAACCAGUGGCACCAUCUAGUGGUUAAAAGAAAAUCGAGAGAGCUCACUACAGGGAAUGCUAAAGCGGUAAUCCAUGUAGAGGUAGAUGGUUCACAUAGACUAGACGGGACUACUUUAGGGUCAUAUGUCAUGUUGCAUAUCAUUACAUUGUAUGUUGGUGGAGGUCCUAGUCCACUUUACAAAAACAGGCCUACACACAAUUUUAAAGGAUGUCUAAAAAAGGUUGUAUACAGUAGUAAUAAAAUAUCUAUGGAUAUCACAACAAUGGCGAUGGAUGGUGAAUUGACAGUAUUUGGUGAUGUGAUCUUCAAUCAAUGUCAGGACAUGGUAGAAUCCCAGCCGGUAACAUUUACAACACCAGAUUCUUACAUCGUAUUACCCAGGUGGGAAGUUGGUAUACAUGGUGGGAGUAUCUCAUUUACUUUCCAAACUAAUGAGCUUAGCGGUGUUCUAAUAUAUAAUUAUGGUUUAACUAAUUUAGACUUUUUUGCUUUUGAAAUUUUAGACGGUUAUCUGAAUUUCUUGAUAAAUUUAGGCUCAGGAACAGAAAAAGUGAAAAUGAAGUAUAUUAGUGAUGGGAAACCACACUCAGUCUCUUUACAUCAUGCUGGUAAAAAUGGUCACAUUCUUCUAGAUGGAAAUAAAAUUACUUAUGCACUAGGAGGUGAUAGCAAUCAUUUAGAUCUGGAUAGUAAGCUGUAUGUUGGAGGUAUUGACAGAUCUAUUAAACAAAGAACAAUGCCAACAGGAAUAUGGGCUGCCAUUUUGAGCAAUGGUUUUGUUGGUUGUCUACAUGACUUAGUUAUGAAUGGUAAUAAGAUAGAUCUGAUCACAGCUGCAAGAAAACAGAUGAUAUCAACCAUCAAGGAUUUCUGUAAAGUAAUGGAGCCUCAGUGUAACCAGGGAUCCUGUCUUCAUCAUGGUGUGUGUCAUGAAGGAUGGAAUCGAUAUAUGUGUGACUGUCGUGGGACUGAUUACACUGGACCUAUCUGUCAGAAAGGUGCCACGACGCUUGAAUUUAAUGGGAACCAGUUCCUGAAGAUUACUAUGGAUGACACAUCAAUAACAGAAGCCGAAGAUAUCUCAUUACGAUUCAGGACAACUCACAAAAAUGGAUUAUUGUUUAUUACAUCGUCAGAUGACUCCCCUGAUAAGAUGGAGCUGUAUUUGGAAUCUGGUUCCGUGAAGCUAGAUAUCAAGAUAGGCCAAAGCUCCAAGGCAUUAAGUUUUCGUAGAAGAGUAAAUGAUGAUCGAUGGCAUACUGUUUACAUAAAAAGAAGAGGAGAGAUAAUCCAGCUGAAAUUAGAUGAAAACCCUUAUAUUGAAGAGAAUCUUGUUGAAAAGACGCUGAAUAUAAAACAGAUAGUGUUAGGAUCAGUCAGUCCCAUGUUAUCAGAUGAGUAUAUACACAGUGAGUCUGAUUUCACCAAGUCAGAGAUCACAAGAAUGCAACAGGAAGAUAAUAUACUCAGGCGUCACACUGGAUAUGUAGGUGCUAUGCAACAAUUUAUUUUUAACAACAAUCACUUUUUUGACCUAGCCAAAUCAAGGAAAAUGGAAAAUAUUGAAGUGACUGCAAAAUUUGACACAGAGAACCCUGUAUUGAUAGACCCAGUGACAUUCAAAUCAAAGGAUGCAUAUGUGAUACUAUCUCCAUUGAAUGCAAAUACUCCAUUUUCUAUUUAUCUUAAAUUCAAAACAACUGAAGCAGAUGGAUUAAUACUUUUUAACGGAGGAAGACAGGAUUUUUUAGCCCUUGAACUUCAAGAUGGAAACUUACAUUAUAUUUAUAAUACUGGAAAUGGUGCCAGGAGAAUAUUUGUCAACACACGUAAGAAACUCAACGACAAUUUGUGGCAUGAUGUCUCAUUAAUAAGGACAAGUGUAGAACGACAGCUGAUCAGGGUAGAUGACAAUCCUCCUACAAUGGAAGACAUGAAUGAUUUCCCAUCUGUACACUUUAACCUUGACGAUGACCUUUAUAUAGGUGGUGUGAAGAGGACAAUGUUCAAUACUUUACCGAGUCGUAUUUCAUCUAGACAUGGAUUCCAAGGAUGUCUAGCUUCAAUAGAUUUAAAUGGAUUUAGACCAAACCUGUACACAUUAGCAGGACAAAACAACAAUGGUAUAGCCAAAAACUGUCAAGGUCCCAGUAGUGGUUGUAAAGUAGACUCUUGUCGCAACCAUGGAAGAUGUGUACCUCACUGGAAUUCUUAUACAUGUGACUGUGAUAUGACUUCAUUUACUGGUCCUACUUGUGUUGAUGAGAGUGUAUCCUUUUCCUUUGGUCGUAGAGGAGGACUGAUAACAUAUGAGAGACCAAAAGGGAAAUACUAUGACACUACUGAGGACCAGUUUGCAUUAGGAUUUGCUACAUCACAACUUAAUGCCUGUCUUUUUAGAGUAGAAAGUGAAAAUUCUAAAGACUUCAUUGAGUUUUCAUUGAAUAUGGGGAAUAUUUUAAUAUAUUACAACAUGGGAACACAAAGAGAAAUUCCUAUUGGUGAAAUGCUGAAAACAUUCAAUGACAGGAAGUAUCAUGUGGUCCGAUUUAAACGGUCUGGAUCUAACGCCACACUUACCAUAGAUGAUGAUAAACCUAUUGUAAAGAUACCAGACAUUCACAAACAAAGAUGGAAUAUUUUUAACAACCAGGCCAGAAUAUAUAUUGGUGGUAUGAAAAGAAAUAAAGGACGUUUAGAGAAAACAUUCCAUGGGACCAUUUCUGGUCUUGUAUUUAAUGGUCUUCCUUUACUAGAAAAGGCAGCAGAAGGGGGAGAUAGAAGAAUAUCUAUAGAGGGUGAUGUAAGGCUAAAAAGGAGAGAAGUAAUGCAGUCAACUAGAGAAACUAGAAAAACAUUCAUCAAGCAAAAAACAUUCCGUAAAGACACUGUGCUCAAUAACAAUGAAAUUAAUUCCAUUGUAAAUACAAAGUCUAGAAUUGAAAAAAGGGAGAUAAGUAAUGACAAUACAGAUGUCUCUUAUUAUGACGACUUUUCCAUCAUACUAACUGUGGAUGAUGAAGAUGAUGUUAAAAAUACACAUAUUGACGAUUUUAGUGGAGACUCAGUUUACAUUCCUUUAAGAGAGGAGGAUCCCGCUAUUACUCUAUUUCCACAAAUAAAUCAGUUUAAGGAUACUAGUAUAGUCGAGACUGAUAUUAGCUUACACGAAGAUUCAAUACAUAAAGUAAUUCCUAUAGCAAACCCACCAAUGUCUCCUACAACAAUAUCUAAUAAACUGAAAUUGCCGGAUCCAGCUAAAUAUCCAAAAGACAGAGGGAGAGAACAAUCUGUUGUUAUUGAUGGUACUGAUAAGUUGAACAUUGAAAUAUCUCCUGUUCAGACAACUCCCAUGCAAGGAAUUGCUGACGAAAUCAUAGUAUCAACUGAAGAUGGCUUGGAAUGCAUGAGUGAUGAUGAAGAUGAAUGUGUAACGUUCAGUGGUGCUGGGUCAGCUGAUGACAUCAUUCUACCAACAUCAACAAUCAUAACAUUCUCAACGCCAAAACCACCAGAAACCCCUCAGCCAAGGUACUUAAAUAUCUACCAUCAACAAAGGCCACAUCAAAAAUUACAGCCAAAACAACUAGACACACAUCGGCCAAGUACAUUAAAGAAUAUGAAUAGAAUAUGUGAAGGUGGGGCUGAAGGAUGCAUAGAAACAAGUCAGCCUAACAUAAUUGUGACUACUUUAAGAACAGAAUCCCAGGGUCCACCAGACCGUGAAGAUGAUAAGAAAAAGUUAGCGUUAUUUAUCGGAAUAGGUGUAGGUGUGGCAUUUACUGUAAUUAUUCUAAUUAUAGCAUUGUAUAAAUUCCGAAGUAGAGACGAAGGAACAUAUAAAGUAGAUGAAAGUAAAAACUUUGCUUACUUAGAAUCUAAAAGUUUACAAGGUAACGGUGCAAUAAUAGGGGCAUCUAAUAUUAAGCCAGGAAAGAAGAAAGAUGUAAAGGAAUGGUAUGUAUGAAGGAAGGAAGAAUGGAUGUUACAAGGAAUAACAAUUUUUUCUAUGAUAUGGAGAUUUAAGUGUGACUGCGAUGCUUGUUGAUGUGAUGAUUGCUUUCCAUUUGUUAUUUCUUUGCUCAUAUCAUUAUUAAUGAUUACUCCCGCUAGACUGUUUCCAGUUUUGUGGAUGGAAAGUCAUUUGGGAACAGUGCAAUACACAUUUUUGAGAUUCAAUGGGUAUGAUGAUACAUAGUGAAUGAUACAUACUGAAAAGAGCUUUGUAGCUUUGCCAAAAUGUUAUAGAUUAGGUCAGCCCAGAGUUCAUGGUGAACACAUGUGUCAUUUUUAGAAAGUACGAUGUAGUUUAAACUCACACAAUGUUUUUUUUAUAGAUGAUGAGAAAUUAUGUUUGACUUGUUUAAUUUUUUUGUGUAAUACAUUUAAAAACUAUGUUCAACUGAAAAAGUUUGAUGCAGACAUUUACUUUUGUAAUUGCUGUUAGCCUUCACCAAAAGAUAUUUCACUUUUGAUCAUUUGUAUAAUUUGAUAGAAAUGCAUAAUAUUAUUGUGAUCUGCAGUGAAAAUUCAAAUAUUCAUCCAUAUCAUUUUUCAUUCUUCUUUGAAAACUAAUUUAUAAAGUAUGAAAUAUUUUGCUGUGGUUUUACUUUUAAGUUUGAGUGUAUUUUUUUAGUAAUGGACAACUAGCUUAAAAUGCCAUAAAUGCUAUGUUCAAGGCUGGUGCUUCAAAUUUGGUUUCAUUUCAUUUCCAAAUUCAUUUCUCUAUUUUUCACUUAUUAGAUUUAUAUUGCUUCAACUUUACUUACUAGUAAUACAUUGCAUAAUUAACAUUAAUGCCUUCAUACCAUCACCAAUAUACAGCUACUGGAAUACAAGUCACUAGCCUGUCAACAUAGAGGUCGUGAGUAGAACCCCAUACAUAGCAGGUGCGUUUGACUCCAAUCUCAAUUGACUAGGAUUGUCAGUUUUCCUACUAAAUGUUGUGGUUCUCUCCGGGCACUUCAGCUUCCUCCACCAAUAUAAACUGAUUGCCACGAAAUAGCUAAUAAUGCUGAAACUGGCAUUAAACACCAAUCAUUCAAUCAAUCAAUCAAUGGAAUACAAGCAUGCAAACUAAAUAUCUUAUAUGCAAACAGAGAAUCUUAUAAUCUUUCAUAAAAUAAAUGUUAAGAGAAAGUUUUAUUGUAACAAGUUAAGCUUGUCUUUGAAGUUAAUUGAAUAAACUUUCUAAACUUUGGAAACCGGUAGAUCCCCACAAUGUCUCUAAUUUACGUUUACAUUAAAAAUGCAUAUAAAGACAGUUACAAAAAUAUUUAGUUGAUAAGAAAAUAACAACAUAGAAAUUUAUACUAGUUUUUAUCUGCUUCAGUGGGAAUACUUUAACAUAUUUUGUAUGAAAGUAUUAAAAUUAAGAAAUACUAUUAUUCAUGGGUAGUAGUAAUAGGACACAGUUAUGAUUGUACAAGGGGGACUUUAAUUGUAAUCACUAACGCUAUGACAAAUUUAGUAAAUGAAAACAGUGUAAGUUUGUAAUAAAAAGUUAAGUGUGAAAUUGGAAAAAUAAUUGAAAUUUUCAUCUUCAUUGUUUUACUACAUCUGUAGACACAAAUCACUUUGAGGCAUGUUAUGAUAUACUGUUAUGCUUCUGUCCAUCUGUUCAACUAUAUCUUUCCUUAAAUUAUGCUUAAACUGAGUGUUUCACAAAUUCUAUACAACGGUGACUUCUAAAAGGACAGAUCCCUUCCAAUUUUGUUGGUUUGUUGUAACAAAGUUUUAGGACUUUAAAUGUUGAAAAUUUUACAGUUUGAAGCGUGUUUGGCAUAAAACUCAGUUGUACUGUUAAACAUCUUUCAAGUUUGAUAAAUUACAAUUUUCACAAAAAUUUUGUUAUAUCAAACCUGUAUUGUAUGUUCUCAAAAUACUCUGUGGUUAAUUUAUUGGUGACGGUUUGCCAAUGUGUUUACCUUUUGAUGAAAAUACUUUAUUGGUAAUUAAUAUCAUGUGUAAUAACAAAUUCAAUAAUUUUAGAGAUUUGAUUGUUGCUUUCAUGAAGUUCAAGGUAUUAUGGGACCAGUUAUUUUUUAGUAUGAAUGUGCAAUUGUUAUUGUUAACAUAGGGGUGAAUAGUUAGCUUCAGUAUCUCUUUUUUUUCCAUAUUACUUUUUUUAUUCAUUUUUAAAUAAACCCUCUUUUCCAAAGUCUUCCCUGUUGGGCAAGUGAGCCUAUCAUAAGUCAUCAUUCUAAAUAGUCUCAAGUAGGCAAAAAAAAUGUCAGAGAACUGUGUAUAGAAAUAGUGCCUAUGUUUAUUCAUGAAAUUGGAUAAAGUAUAUAAAUUCACUUUUGUAUAUUGCAUAUCUUUAUGUCUAUCUGCUUCGGUUAAUUUCAAUAUAAAGUCAUCCUGAAAAUGCAUGACAAAUUUGCCACUGGAUGUAAAUGAAUAAACAAUCAAUCAAUCAGACACCUAAAGUGAUAUAUUGAUGAUACCAUUUGGGUAACUUCGACUUCAUCUAUUGUUUAGUGACUUUGGUAAAGUAACUUUUAAGUUUUAAAUUUAGAUAAAUACCUUUGAUGCCCAUUAUGGUAUAGAAGUUAUAUUUCACCAUCACAAACCAGAUGCCCUUAUCAGUUAGGAAUGUAACCACUGGUUCACCAUUUUAAUUGUCUCGCUUUGACAGAGUCAAAAAGCGAGACAUAGGUAUGCUGUUUCCAGUGUCGGCGGCGGCGGCAUCAACAAUGUAUUAGUUUGUGAUUAGGUCUAGUUCAUGGUGAACCACUAGUGGUAAGUCAAUGAUAUUUGGUAUGCAGUUGUAUUAGCAUUGGCACAUCUCAUUACCAUGGAGAUUAUUUGGCCCCGCCCCCUCAGUCAAGGCCUAUUGACUUUGAAACUUUUCAUAGUUUACAUGCAUUAGUUUGUGAUUAGGUCAAUUUAUGGGGAACCACUAGUGGUAGGUCAAUGAUAUUUGGUAUGCAGUUGUAUAAGCAUUGGCAUAUCUCAUUUCCAUGGAGAUUUUUUGGCUCCGCCUCCUUAGUCAUGGUCUAUAGACUUUGGAAAUUUUGCUAAGUUAACAUGUAUUAGUUUGUGAUUAGGUCAGUUCAAGGGGAACCAUUAAUGGUAGGCCAAUGUUAUUUGGUGUUCAGUUGUAUAAGCAUUAGCACAUCUCAUUUCCAUGGAGAAUAUUUGGCCCCGCCCCCUCUGUCAUGGUCUAUUUACUUUGAAACUUUUGCUUAGUUUACAUGUAUUAGUUUGUGAUUAGAUCAGUUUAAGAUGUACUGCUAAUGUUAAGUCAAUGAUAUUUGGUAUGCAAAUUCAUUGGCAUUUGCAAGUAUCGUUUCCAUGGAGAUUAUAUAGCCCCAUCCCUGAUCAUGGUUCAUUGACUUUGAAACUUUUACAUAGUUUACAAGUUAAUGUUUGUGUUUAGGUUUGUUUAAAGGGAACGACUUAUAAUAAGUCAAUGGUAUUUGGUAUGCAGUUGUAUUAGCAUUGGCACAUCUCAUUCCGUGGAGAUUGUUUAGCCAUGUACCUUCAGUCAUGGUUCAUCGACUUUGAAUAUUUGCAUAACUUACAUGUCAAAGUAUUGCUAUUUUAAUUUCAGCAUUUGCAUUAUCAAAUUACAAAAAGGCGAGACAUAUCUCUGUGAUAACAGUUUAUUUAUAAGUUGUUUUUUAUUUAUUUGUUGAUGAGAUUUAUAUCCCUAUAAGUGCUAUUGCUAAAUUAUCCAAUCAUUCUAGUUGUUUGUUAUAUUUGCAACAUUUACACCAGUGUAUAUUUCACCAAGAGAGAGUGUUUGUUAUUUAUCAUUGUUUUGUUAUAGCUGGUUGUUAUUUGGUUUGUCAGUUAUUAUCGCAUAUCAAAUAGAAUUUUGAAGUUCUUACUUUGCUCAUCAGAAAAAAAAAUAGAUUUUGUACAUAAUGUUAUGCCCUUUAGUAAUUGUUGUGUUUAGUAUUAAAUGAUGUAAAUAAAAUUUCUAAUUCUGUUAAGCUAGGUACACACUUUAUAUUGUGGAACUGUCUUUUUACCUUGCCUUGUAAAAUUAGGGAUACAGGAAAAAUAUAGAAACUUGUCAAUAAAUAAUUAUAAGAAUUUUGUUAAAAUUGUUCCAAAUAUUUAUUGCUAUUGAUAGGGACAGCCAUCUUCAGCCAUAAUACUGGAUAUUUAUUGAGAUUAUUUGUAUUUAUGUGAUCUCAAAAUAUUUUAGCAGAUGUUCUAUUUCUGUUUUGUAUUUUUGUCUGAGUAUCAGUUUUGUUACAUUUUGACCGUAAUUACAUAUUAUUAUAGUCAGUGGAGGGUUCAAGGAUUACUAACUGUCUGAAGAAAAGUUACCUGUAUUCCGAUGAACAUUAAUGACAACAUAAGGAAAUAUAAAAUGAAAUGCAGAAUUAAAUUAUAGUUUUGCUAUUUUACCAUCAAAUUUUUUAAAAUUUGGAGCAAUUUUGUGUAUUGCUGAAAAAGUCUGGGUUUGAGAUGAUUUAGUGUAAUGUGUUAAUUUUUUUCAUCCAUUUUUUGGAAUGCAAGAGAGUGGUUGACCUUGUGGUGUAUAUUAUUUGUUUGUUCAUUUGACAUGUUUACCUUUGGCCAUAUAUGGUACACAUCUAAGCAUAAAACCAUGAUCAAAUAUAUAUUUCUUUAAACUGAUCUCAUAUGGUAGUGAUUUUUUUUUACUUUUUUGUCAUCACAUUAACAAAUUUUACUCAUUUUUAAAAGUUUUUUUUUGAAGAUCUGUUAUUGUUUCAUGUCUGUGCCAUAUUUUGUUAUGUAUAUUUUGAACAAGCGACUGUGUAUUCCGUUCUACAAAGUUUUUUCUUUAAUUAUGUUUACAGUUGAAUAAAAAAAAGUCAAGUGUGCCAUAAAAAAUUUGAAAUGAAGGUAUGUAUAUUACAUAUAGUCAUUCAUAUUUAAUAAAACACCACAAGGGUCCCAGUCCAAAUUGGGAUCAACUACCAAAAGUUAAAUUCUUUAUUUCAGGUUUUAUAUUGUGUUUUUUGGCCUUUUGAUAAUCUGUGUCUGUGCUUCUCAAUUAGAUUUUUCAGUAUUUGAGUUCCAAGGUGUCAACAUGACUGACAGUUCCUCUUUUACAUGAUUCGAUGAUAUAUAAAAUUUUCAUCCAAUUUUGAAUUGAUAUUUCAGCACUCUAAUGAUUUCAAAACUGUUAAAGGAUAGAAAUGGGUAGAAUACACACUUAGUGCAAAGUGUAUCAAGCAUAUUCAUUCAUUAUCCACACCAUCUUUAACUACACAGUUGUCCAUGUUGCAGUUGUUUCAUGCUGUGUCUGUCUUCUUCCAAGUCUUCUUGAAACUGAGUAUCUUGCAUCUGACAAACUUUAAAAACUUGUGGGAUGAAAUGAUAUGACUAAACCUACUAGAAAUGUAAUGCAUAAUCAGAUUAUUUAUAACUGACCUGGAAAAAUAUUACUUAGCUGACAUAUCAGACAUUCCAGAGGAUAAUUUUAAAUUUUCAUAUUUGUGCUUUUUGAAUGUAAAAGAAAAAAGUUGGCUGGAUACAAAUUUCAAAGUGUAUAUAUUGUUUUUUCUCUAAAAUGUCUAUAUACUGUUAGUACAAGUACAUCCAUUCCAUUAUGUUGUGAAUACUUGCCUUCCAUGAUAUCACAUCAAUUUAGUAUCUCAUAGUAAGAAAUAAAGUAUUGUACAGUUAAUGGUCAGGCAAAAAGAUCAACAUUUCAUACUUGUUCAUUUCCAUAUUUUUUUAUCGACAUUUCAGUUCUUUAAAUGCCUUAUAUUCAUAAGAGACGGAAUGAUUAUGGCUUAAUUCUUCAUAGUAGAUGUUUUGAUUUUGUAACAGCUAGUAUGUGUAAAAAGUACUUUAUUCUAUCAUUGAAAAUUUAUAUUCUUUCUGACAACUGACAACAUAUUUCUAAUGCUUAACUACCUUAAAAUCACUAAAAAUUCCUUUUUAUGCCCCACCUACGAUAGUAGUAGGGGCAUUAUGUUUUCUUCUCUGUGCAUCGGUCCGUUCGUUCGUUCGUUGGUUUGUCCGUCCGUCUGUCCCGCUUCGGGAUAUAGUUUUUGGUCAAGGUAGUUUUUGAUGAAGUUGAAGUCCAGUCAACUUAAAACUUAGUAUACAUGUUCCAUAUGAUAUGAUUUUUCUAAUUUUAAUGCCAAAUUAGAGUUCUGACCCCAAUUUCACGGUCCACUGAACAUAGAAAAUGAUAGUGCGAGUGGGGCAUCAAUGUACUAUGGACACAUUCUUGUUCAGAUAUGCAGUUACGUAAAAAUAUGAGUUUAUUCAAAUUAAGGUAUUUUCUUAUUGGUUUUUAGCUUGAACUUAGUUGUAAUGAUAAAGCAUUGUAAAAUUAUAAUAUGCACAUGCUAAUGAAAAUACUCAUUCUUUGAAUAUGAAAUAUUCCAAUGCUCUUGCAUUGGCAAAGUGUUGUAUGUGAUCACCAGAAUUUUAUGGUCAGACUUCUAGUCCUUUGUCCUAGUCUCAUUAUAGUACCAAAUUGUGUGUAUGUAUUUACUGUCUCUUUUAUACAAUAAAAUAUGAAAUUAUUUA